AUUUUUACAGGGUUUUCUAUUCUCACUGAUGGUGUCCGUCGCUCUGGCUUACAGCGAUCAAAAUUUUGAACCUGGACAGGUGUCCGUUCUGGAUUCAGAGCAUUCUAACCUCACACAAGAACAAAAAGAUGCGAAGUUUGGCAGAGAACAACCAUCGGAGGAUAUAGGACAAGAUCCUUCAAGCAACCGAUUGCCUUCCAACUGUCCUGAUCAUGAAGUGAAACCUCCAUGUCCAGGAGUAGACUACGCUCUUUACGGUUUUAAUAGUCUAAAGGGAUCACCACUAGCAUCAGGUGUUGAUCCUGGAUUUACUCUUCCAAUAUUCAAUGCUGAAUAUAACUCAGGCUCUGUAACCCCCGACUGUCGUUACACAAUGCCUCAUGGUGUAGUUCUUGCACCUGACAUAUCAUGUGUACCCUCCUUCAGGUCAGAGGUCGUUCAGACGCCGUACGACUUGACCAAGUUCAUGGGUCGAACAGCAAGACUUGAUGAUGGUGGUUGGGGACCUCCAUUUGUUGCCAGCCUUUCCUUUCAGGAAACCGUUGCUGAGCUUAGACAGAAAGUCUUUAUCAUGUCAACAGCAUCCUGCAGCGCAUAUCGUGUUUCACGUCUGCAACUGGAACCGCCGGCUUUUCAUUCAAUGUUCCUUGAGUGGAUCCUAAGACUUAAUAAUACAAGUGAUGAGAACACCUACCUGGAGUUCCUUGACACAUACGGCACACACUUUGUGUCGCAAGCACGUCUUGGAGCCUCGCUAACAAUGGUGCACAAAAUGGAAAACAACAUUUACAUGCAGCAUGAAGAAGAUGAAUUUACGGCUGCUGCAAGCUAUUCCUCCAUUGCACUCCUAGGGCACACCGAGACCUUGACCCCCGAUCAAAAGAAAAAAACAGACGAGUUUCUAAAUAAGGUAGAAACAAUACCGAUUGGUGUUGGAGUCUCUCCCCCUUCUGGAGCUAACAGCUUGUCGUGGCUCACAGCAGUUAAGGCUGACCCUAUUGCCAUCAACUAUGACCUAACUUCAAUUGAUACCUUGUUUUCAGAAAGGUUCAUGGGUGGAUCGAGUCCUUUACAAAGCUUUUCAAUUGACUACGUGACAAUCAAAAGUCAAAUCAUAAGUAUUAAGGAAAGAUAUUGUCCAUCUUUAAAACAAAGAGGUCAACUUUCUGACUGUGAAGAUCCAACGCCUGGAUUUAGUCUGCGUAGUACGAGGUUAGUAGGUGAUGCCGAGCUAAAAGCUACUGUGUCUACUGAACAGUGCAUGGAAGAAUGCUCUAGACGUCCAAGAUGUGUUGCCCUCAGCUUUUGUUCUUAUUGUCAGAGCAACGAGAAUGGACCAAAUUUUGUCAACUAUUCGAAGAGAAUAACAUACGCAGCGUUGCAAAGGACUCACGAUGGCAAACUACCAUCUUGCUAAACAGAAUACACACACUGUUGAAUUUAAAGAAUAUGACUGCUAUUACUGAUCUCACAUCUGAGAGUCGCAUUGUAUCUACGAGGUACGGUUGUUAUACCUCUUGUCUCGAUCACGACUUGUGUCUUGCCUUCACACUCUACAACACCAAUGGGACAACUCUCAAGUGCACAUGCCACAAAGGGUCACUUCUAUCCUUGAACAAGGAACCGAGUUCAGACCUGUAUUUCAUUUCUCCACGCGCAAAGAGCAUUUUGAGAGAUGAGAAAAAGACAUCCCUUGCACCAUCCUUCUUUUUAAAGGACUGGCUCGUGGCAGACUGCACCAGCGAUAACGACUGUCCUCAGAAGAACGUUGUGUGCUUUAAAGACAGAUGCCUUUGUCUACCAGGUUUCUUUUUUUCAACACGUGAUAACACUUGUAUUGCAACAUGCAGCACAGCCGACCUACAGAAUACCUUCAUGGAGUAUCCGGAGAGCGGAAUAAGGGGACAUAACAUCGCUGUACUGGAUGGACUGACUAUAGAAACGUGCAAGAAACUUUGUAUCACGACUAACAGCUGUCUAACAGUUGAUUUUAGAGCCAAGGGAGGGCGCUGCCUGCUGCAUGACGUCACAUCGCUAACAGCCCAGGUAGCCUGGUAUCCUCACACCAGUAGAGGCUGGACCCACUACCAGAGAACCUGCAUGGACUCUUCAGACUCGUAUCCUGGACCACUGUGGUACAACUCACCGUGUCGCAACAAAGUAGACUGUCCUGACCCCAACAGCUGGUGUCUGUUGGGAAGAUGUGGAUGCGUGGCUGGCUUUUCUUUGGACAUAAAUGACAUGUCAUGUGGUUUAGAAUCCUGCCGUGACUGGCAGAGGAGAGGUGUAAAGUCUGGUGUAUACAGUGUCAUUACGGCGGGUAUCUCGACAAAAGUUUGGUGUGACAUGGACCACGGUGGCGGAUGGUUGGUUUUCCAAAGACGUCUUGACGGUUCGGUAGACUUUUACCGGAAGUGGACGGACUAUGAGCAAGGUUUUGGUGACGUCACCGGAGAGUUUUGGCUUGGAUUAUACAAGAUUCACAAACUUACACAAGGCAGACCUCAUCGACUCCGUGUUGACCUCAUGGAGGUGAGUGGAGAACGUCACUAUGCUGAGUACUCGGCAUUCAAUGUGGGCGGUCCUGAUACAAAAUACCGACUCCAGGUCUCUGGUUAUUCAGGUGACGCAGGUGACAGCCUAAAAGUACAUAACAACCAAGGUUUCACCACACACGACCAAGACAAUGACAAUUACACUACCGCUAACUGCGCGGUAUAUUACCACGGCGCCUGGUGGUACAGAAAUUGUCACGACUCCAACCUCAACGGACGUUACAAGCAUGACGGGGCCGUUGGUUAUGACGGCAUUGCAUGGUAUUAUGCCAAUAAUGAUAACAGAGGCUUCAUUUUCUCGGAGAUGAAAUUCAAAGCAGUGUGA